AUGUCGCAGGCGAGCGAGGAUUCCAGCGGAUCCGAGGAACCAUGCAUUGAGCUGCACGAAGAGCCCGCGGAGGAUCCAAGACGACUUGCACAAAGGCCGCCUGCACGCAGCGAAACACAGCUACGACGAAGGCUUGCCCACUGGAGAGCAACAAAUCAGGUGCUCGCUUUCUGGCACACUUACCUACUGUUAAUUGUCGCUUGCGCAUUCGCAUGCGCUGUUCUUGUGGUCAUCCUCUUCUGGCAUGUGGAUUGGUACAGGAGGUACAGAGGAUGCACAGACGUCAUGGCCUUCCAACUUCAUUUCCUCGCCACAUUUGUCAAGAGCUGGCUCCUUGUGAACCUGGCGAGUGAGCUGCUGCGAUUCUGUUACCUUUUGGCCCUGGAUAGCUGGCGCGAAGACGUUUUUGAGGCUUACCGAAGAGCACUCUCCUUCGCCUCCUUUGCCGAAAUUGAAGCCGGAACUCUCUACGUUUGCGGCUGGCCCCAGCCGAUUGGUAAGAUGCGAAAGUACGCAGAUGCGGCGUUCCAAGUGAUCAUCUUUGCAACCAUGGACAUCCUGCCAGGUGUUACCCUGGCUUUGGACUUCGCAACUUGGAGGAUCCACUAUUGUUUGGCCAGCACUGUUCUGGUCCUGGCCUGCGUGCACGUUUGGCUUUUCCUCAUGGCUUGGAUGGUCGGUAGCACUGCGCUGAAGAUUACAGCCUUUCGCGCUGCCUGGAACAACAGAGUUGUCCGUGUGUCUCGCCUCGGAACUGCAACGCGAGUCUUAGCCGUUGGCCGCCUGACGCGAGAGAAUACACCUGCAUCUACAAUUCCAGGCGGUUGGCAGCUGGAAAGCACGGUCGUGGCGGAAGACAUUCCCAGCGAAUCCAGCAGCGAUGAAGAAAGUCACGACGAGGACAGCUGCGGCCGCAUCGCCCCAGCGCAGCCGGGCAACGCUGGCCACGUUCUUGUCAACGAGAAUCUAGUCAGGAGAGCAGAUAGGCUCGCCGCAGUAGGUGGCGACAAGCCGUUAGACGUUUGUGUGCCCGUAUGCGUCGCAUUCCAUAAUGUGUGCAGCGUGUAUCCCUUGCUGAUGUCCACUGCUGCCACGCUCUACGGGCUCGUGGCAAGCAAGCCUGCCGUGACAGUGAUCGGGCUGGAAGCCGUUUGCAUGGUCCUGAUUCUGUACCAGAUAGGCAGACCAGUGAUUCGCCCAAGAUGGUCAUGGUUCAAGUCCAAUAGCCGCCUGCGGUAUUUGGAAGAAUGGGGUGAAGUUUAUUGUGGAUUGAAGUACAUGUCUCAGCUGAAAGCACGAGCCCCUUUGUGCAUCAUAGUGUUCUUGAUGGGGGUGCUCGCUGGUUCUUUGCACUGGUGGUGGUCCGUGUCGUGCUGCUCCUUGAUCCUCUUCGUAUGCUUUGUGGCCCAGCUUACCCUGCUCAUCCAGAAGCCGUGGUCCUGGCUCUGUGGAAUCCUCGAAAGCUUCAUGCUAGCGUUGUUCUGUCUUCUGGUGCUUUGGUACAACCCGCUGCUGAAUCCGUGGCAAGACGGGGCUCUAUUGGGCAUUCUUCUGAUUCCACGCGAGUUUGGUUUGCAGAAGCGGCUGGCCUCAGGAGAGCGUGCGCGGUAUUUGGCGCUGUUUGCGCUGGGUAGCUUUCAUUUGUCGUUGGUCUGCGUCAUCUGCAACUGUAUGGCGUCGGAACGCAAGUUUGCUACGGAAUCUAUGUUCUGCUUGGAGGGAGCUCCAAAUUGUGUCUACUAUCCAAUCGAUUAUCGGGGUGCUCUUGGGGGACGCUGGCCUAUAUGUCAAAUGGAUUUCCCAAUUCAUGGGUCAUCCAUGCUCAACCUAGCAGAUUUCGGCUUAAUGUCGGCUUUCACAUACGAGCCCGCUCAAGACGUGCAGGGCCUCUUAACGCAAUACUUUCCCGGCUGGCGCGUGGCCUAUGCGCACCUUCCGCUGGAUGUGCGAGGAGCGCAUCACGACGUCACCACAUUCUUUGAAUUCGCAUCCGCAGACAACAGUACAGCAGUCUUUGCAGUUCGUGGCACCACCGACUUCUUUGAUGCCUUGCAAGACAUGGAUCUGUGGUUGCCUGUUUUCAUGAUGUACAUUUUCGAAAACCUUGGCCCCAACGUUGUGAAACUUUGGGGCCCCGCCAUUGCUUGGAUGUGUCGUCAAGUCUACAUGCUGCAGGACGCCCGGUUCACGCUCACCUUUAUACACUUAUUGGAGAUGGUGCAAGCUCGAAUGAAGGCGCACCCGGACCGGAAUUUCUACAUCACGGGGCAUUCCCUUGGCGGUGGCAUCGCAAAGCUCGUAGCCGCCGAAAUCCAAAGGGAGGAGCUGCAACAUGCAGGUCGCCACGUGGAGCUGACGGCCGUGGCCUUUGCGGCACCAGGCAUUGGAGUCGCUGAAGCCCUGCUGUUUGGCGAGGACAAGAGGUCAACCAACCGCUACACCUCGGUCACCGUCAGGCCGCGCCACGAUAUCGUAUCGCGAAUUGACCAUAACACGGGUGCCACCAUUCCAGUCGGAUGCCAUGGAAGUCCACGCCGCUGCCAUAGUAUCUAUGCCACGCUGUGCGCCUUUUACAAGAAGUGCGGAUCCCUACGGCCUGACAUGGAUUUGAAAAUCCCAUGUGGAUGGUGCGAGAACAUGCCUUGCUGA